AUGUCUUUCCAGAAGCCCGAGAAGGAGUUCGGCGAGGGCCCUAAGGUCCACAAGAUCCGCAUCACCCUCACCUCCCGCAAGGUUGCCUCCCUCGAGAAGGUCUGCCAGGAGCUGAUCGACCGUGCCCGCUCCAAGUCCCUCCAGGUCAAGGGCCCCGUCCGUCUUCCCACCAAGACCCUCCAGAUCUCCACCCGUAAGACCCCCAACGGUGAGGGUUCCAAGACCUGGGACAAGUUCGAGAUGCGCAUCCACAAGCGUCUCAUCGAUCUCCUCGCCCCCACCGAGACCGUCAAGCAGAUCAUCAUCAACAUCGAGGCCGGUGUUGAGGUUGAGGUCACCAUUGCCGCAUAA